AUGGCAACUUCCUUAAAGGUGGCUGUAAUCGGUGCUGGUGUCUCUGGACUAAUAGCUGCUCGUGAGCUUCAAAGAGAAUCCCACCAAGUUGUGUUGUUUGAAAAGUCGCACCAACUUGGUGGAAAUUGGGCCUAUGAUCGACGAGUGGAAUCGGAUCUUCUGGGACUUGAUCCAAAUAGAGAUAUUGUUCAUGGAUCUCUUUACAACUCUUUGUGCACGAAUCUUCCUCGUGAGCUCAUGAGUUUCACGGAUUUCAAAUUUAGCGAGAAAAUAUACCGAGAUGCGAGAAUGUUUCCAUGCCACAAUGAAGUUCUAAUAUUCUUGGAAGAUUUUGCAAAUAAUUUUGAGCUUAUCAAGUUGAUUCGGUUCAAUACGUUGGUAACCCUAGUCGAGGUGGAGGAGUUCGAUGCAGUUGUUGUCUGUAAUGGUCACAACUUUGAACCUCGAUUGGCUACAGAUAUUCCAGGUAUCGAGACAUGGUCUAAAAAACAAAUGCAUAGCCACAACUAUCGUGUUCCUGAACCAUUUAUAAACCAGAUUGUAGUUGUAAUUGGAAGUGGACCAAGCGCAACUGACAUAUCAAAAGAAAUAGCAAUGGUUGCAAAAGUUCAUAUGUCGUCAAGAUCUCCACUGGUUAACAUGUCAAAACUGGAGAAAUUUGAUAAUCUAUGGCAACACUCCAAGGUAAUAUAAUUUAUAUACUUUAGUUUAUAAUCGUAGUUUUCUUAGUUUGAAUUCUAAUAUAUGUUUUCCCUAUAAAAUAUUUGGUCCUAAGGUAUAGUUAAAAUCUCACUACUAGAAAACAAAAGUAUUAGCAACAGAAUUUUAGCCAUGGAAAAUAUCCAUUGAAAAUAAAGAAUGUCUGUGGGUAAUUUAUUACAAUACUACCUAUGGUUUACCAAUAAAUUUAUAAUCAUUGGUAAGAUUACGCUCUUAAGAAAAACCAUAGCAAUGAAUUAGCAAUGAAUUCCGGAAGAAUAAUCAUGAUAUAGCACUUCUUCCUUCAUUUUGAGUUCAUAAAUUAAGAAUCCCAUGUGCCUAUGGAUUGAUGAAUGAUUCAACAAAAGGCUUUGCAUAAAACUUCAGGUUAGCUUAGAUAAAAAGUACUCAUGACUAAUUCACUAUCAUCCAAGACCAUAUAACUAUACCUUAUGAUGCUAAAAAAGAAAACAUCAUAUUUUUCUUUCCCUUAUGCUUAUAUAUAAAAUGGCUUGAUAUUUCUUCAGUGGUUAUUUAUAAAUGCAAG